AUGAUGAGUGAAGAAAAUAAGGAGAUUGGAAAGUUUGAAAUUAGCUGUACUGUCGAUGACAAUGGCAGAGAAAUCAUUAGAAUGAAAUUGCCUCCUGUUCCUGAAGGCAUGUCAAAAAGACAAUGGAAAAAGCAAUGCAAGAGGGUGAGACAUGAAGAAACUAAAGAUGAGUAUAAUAAGACAAAAAGAGAGAAGAAAAAGAAGGCUCGUCUGAACAAGAGACUAAAAAUCCAGGCAAUUGUUGACAGAGGAGAAGAGAUUCCGAAAGAGUUGAAAAGACCUAAAAAGGUUAAUGAUAAUCAAAAGGAUUCUGGUAUUGAAAUCAUCAUGGAUUGUGCCUUCGACGAUCUGAUGCAUGAGAAAGAAAUCGCAUCCAUGACAAAUCAAAUAACUCGUGCAUUCUCUAGCAAUAGACGAGAAAAUCAUUUUGCUAAAGUUACAAUCACAUCAUUCAACAAACGUUUAAAGAAAAGAUUCGAUACAAAAUUAACUAAUUUUAGAUACCAAGAUUGGAGAAAUUUUGAAUUUGUAGAAGAUGAAGAUUGUAUCACAGGACCUGGAGUGGAUAAAAGCAAGUUAAUCUAUUUGACCGCUGACACUGAUGAAAAAUUGGAGACUCUAGAACCAGGAAUGAAAUAUAUUGUCGGUGGUAUUGUUGAUAAGAAUAGACAUAAGUGUUUAUGUUUAAAUAAAGCAAAAGAGUUGGGAAUUCAAACAAGAAGGUUACCAAUUGAUGAUUUUAUAAGAAUUUCUGGAAGACAAGUAUUAACCACAACGCAUGUGAUACAAAUCAUGUUGAAAUACUUCGAUGACAAAAAUUGGAAAGAAGCUUUCCAAAGUACUUUACCAGAGAGGAAAUUACAAUAUGGUAUCGAUGGCGAAGACGAUCAAACAGAUGACGUCGUGGAUAAGGCUGCAGAUGACAUUGCAGAUGAAUCUAAUACUGAAGAUAAUGAAUCUGAGCAUUUUGAUGAUGCAUUAGAAGACAACAGUAGACUGGAAUUAUAA